AUGAAUCUUUCUUUCCAAUUAAUUAUCAUCAGUGUGUUUUUUUCUCUUAUUUUUCUCCUUCGUGCUUUUGUUCGAAAAGCUGCUGUUGUAGGUUCCAAGUCUAGAGAGGCCCCUGAACCUGCUGGUGCAUGGCCAAUUAUAGGCCACCUCCACCUUCUAGGUGGCGGAGACCAGCUUCUCUACCGUACGCUUGGAGCAAUGGCUGACAAGUACGGCUCAGCUUUCAACAUCAGGCUAGGUAGCCGCCGUGCUUUUGUGGUGAGCAGCUGGGAAGUAGCGAAAGAGUGCUUCACAGUCAAUGACAAGGCACUUGCUUCUCGACCCACCACGGUGGCUGCCAAACACAUGGGCUACAACUAUGCCGUGUUUGGCUUCGCACCCUACAGCCCAUUUUGGCGUGAGAUGAGGAAGAUUGCAACCCUUGAGCUUCUCUCAAACCGAAGGCUUGAGAUGCUCAAACAUGUCAGGACAUCAGAACUUGAUACGGGGAUAAAAGAGCUACAAAAUUUAUGGGUCCAAAAUGGCUCGUCACGUCCUGUGGUUGUUGAGCUCAAUCGUUGGCUAGAGGAAUUGACACUUAAUGUUGUGGUCAGGAUGGUGGCUGGGAAACGUUACUUUGGUGCCUCAGCAAAAUGUGACAAUGGCGAUGAGGCGAGGCGGUGUCAGAAGGCAAUUGGUCAGUUUUUUCAUCUGAUUGGGAUUUUUGUUGUUUCGGAUGCGCUGCCGUUUCUAUGGUGGUUGGAUUUGCAGGGGCAUGAGAAGGCAAUGAAGAAGACGGCUAAAGACUUGGAUGCCAUACUCGGAGGGUGGCUGGAGGAGCAUCGGCAAAGGAGAGUACUUUCUCGUGACAAAGGGAAGACUGAAGCUGAUGAGGACUUCAUUGAUGUCAUGUUGUCUCUUCAGGAGGACGGACAACUCUCAAAUUUUCAGCAUAGUUCAGAUACCAGCAUCAAGUCCACCUGCCUGGCGAUUAUCCUUGGUGGGAGUGACACCACAGCAGGCACUCUAACAUGGGCAAUCUCACUACUCUUGAACAAUCCCCAUGUGAUGAAGAAGGCACAAGAAGAGUUAGAGCUCCAAGUUGGAACAGAAAGGCAAGUUGACGAAUCAGACAUCAAAAACUUGGUAUAUCUUCAAGCCAUCAUCAAGGAAACGCUGCGUUUAUACCCAGCCGGGCCUCUCUUAGGACCAAGAGAAGCUCUAGAAGACUGCACCGUAGCCGGCUACCAUGUCCCGGCAGGCACCAGAUUGGUGGUAAACGUAUGGAAGAUUCAAAGGGACCCAAGUGUUUGGGAAAACCCAUCUGCUUUUGAACCAGAGAGGUUCUUGACAAGCCAUGGCCAUGUUGAUGUUAGAGGCCAACAGUUUGAGCUGAUGCCAUUUGGCUCUGGCAGAAGGUCGUGCCCUGGUGUCUCGUUUGCCAUGCAAGUCCUUCACCUCACGCUUGCUCGUCUGCUUCAUGCAUUUGAGUUUGAAACCCCACUUGGUCAACGGAUUGACAUGACUGAGAGUCCAGGUUUGACCAUUCCGAAAGCGACUCCAUUAGAGGUUCUGCUCACCCCACGCCUUCCUGGUAAUCUCUAUCUGUGAUGAAGCGUUUGAAUAAAGAAUAAAAAUGUACUGUUUGUUGAUUAAUUUAGAGGUUCUUCAAAUGUAUUAUUUACAUUGAAAAAUAAAAAUAAAUGAAAUACAAGUAUAUGUAAGCUAAGAUUAUGA